AUGGCUGCUAAACAUCAAAACGAGGGCGCUGAUGCCGCUUCAGAAGCCAAGAAGCCUAAGCAUGGCUUCAGAGUCGGUCCAGAGAAUUUACCAGACGGUCCUUGGCGAAGAAAAGUUACCAAAGUCAAGAAGGAGUUGAUUCACAAGGCAAAGGUCAAGAAGGCUUAUGCGAAGAUCAAGGCCCGUGAACAAGAAAAUGCGCAACCGGCAAAGACAAGUGAGCCAGCUCAUGAUGAGGCUCCAGCAGAGGGCGCCGGCGAGGACGAGCAACCGGAAGAGGAGGGCGAGAAGAUGCACCCCACGCGACAUCUCAUGUUGGCAGACGAGGGAAAGGCCCAAGAGAACUCAGUCGGUGAACCCAGUAGUGAUGGCAACAGACGGCGCACUCGACGACCUGGCUACUACGAAAAGCAACUUGGCAAGGCGGCACAACUUCGCCAGGAACAAGAGGCGCGGCAAGCUGAGUUUCAGCGCAGACGCGAAGAGCGCGAGCAAAAGAUGGCCGACAGAGACCGGUACAAGAAGGCCAUGGCCAAGACUCGGGAUCGUAAUGGCAACAAGAAACUUGGCAGGGAGAGUUCGUUACUACUCGACAAGGUCAGAAAGAUGGUUGCUGAGAAGAAGUAA